AUGAAACAAGAAGAUAUGGAAAGAAACAUCCAGGAGCUUCGGGCCGCGCCAGGGCUCGGAUUUCCGCUCCAAUUUUUGUAUUCCAAGAUAUUCCAAGAGCCUAUUGACAAACCCCCUUUGAUUCCCCUCGAGGAGGACGUCCGUAGGGCAUUUGCCUUCCUGGACGAAAUCGCCGAGAAACUGCCCCUGACAGAUCUGGGCUGCCAGCAUGAAGUUUACGAUAUCAACCAUGACUGGGUCCGUCAUGUCCUGCGGGAGUUCAAAUCAUGGCAUCAUGGCAUUUCGGGAGGGAUCGUCAUCAACACCUACAGACGACUGACCCCGCCAGAGUACCAGACACCGGAACAUAUGAAAGUGGUAUAUAUGCUUUUCGCUUCGGUGGAGCUCUCUGUGGGCAUGACUAUUAUGCCGGAUGAUCAAUUUGACCUGACCAUGGAGCGCCACCAGACACCUUCCUGGUACCGCACACAUCCCGUCAGUCUAGGGACUGACACCAUGAUUGUGGCUGCUAUGUCUCAUAGAAUUCUGAUGAAACUAUUUCCCCGGGGUCAUCCAUGCUUUGCCGACAUCCUCGACGCCCAUCUACAAUUUAUGCAGGAUUCUGUAACCUACUUCGGCUAUGAUUCUGCCCAUUGGCAUAAAAUCGGCCAGCAUCGUUAUCAAGAGGUGUUUGACCACUACACCAAAGACCUUGAGAGCUUUUCUACCAGCAAACCGCUAUCAAAUGAUCCUAUCAUUGUCAAGAGUCCAGUGCCCUUUGAAAUGCUGGGAGUGAAAGCAUACGGUCAACACACCACCAUUCGUACGACGCAAUUUCUCCAGUUCUGUGUCAACGUGGGACGCAUGGCCGCAUGCUAUACUUCCGUGGACGUAAAGGCAAUGGACAACGUGGUAGGAAAGGCGAUCGACUUCCUCACUCCCUUCGACGACUACCAAGAAUACCACAGCAAGGGCAGCGUCAAAUACGAAGACAUCACAGGCGGUGCCCCCGAAAUCUUCAUUUCCGUCCUCAUGGACACUCUAAGGGAGCCAGGGUUCCCAUCUGAGAAGCGUGCACAAGUGAUGACAGUUCUUGAGCGCAACUUCGGGACUCAUUCGAUCGCGGGGGCCAAAAUCAUUGCCAACAUCUACGAGGAACUGGAGAUCCCCGAGAAGGUUCGCCAGCUUCUAUACAAGAGGAUCGACGAUUUGGGCCAGGCAGUCACGCAACAAGCUGUAGCCAUCAACUUCCCCACAGCGAUCCUCUUUGACAUGAUAAUUUAUAUAUGUCGGGAGGAUGGAACACUCGAUCCUGAAGUCAUUCAAGGAGUUCAUACAUUGACGAGCGGACAUGGCUAUGCGAGUAAAGGGGGGGCAUAUACGGCGCCCACAGACUUCCUAAGGCGAUUGGUUGACUACUUUCGGCCGUCGAUCGAGCCAACUCAUUGA